AUGCUUUUCACAGUUCUCCCUCCACUGCUCCAAAGCCAGUCCACCGAUUUCACGGACUGGGUCUCGCUUAUCACCCUUUGUCUUGCGCCCCUGAUCGCACACCUUGCAGCUGGUGCGCCGCAACCUUCAUAUCUGACGCCCGUCUCUCCCCGGUGGCAUGACCGCCUCUGCCACUACAUUCCGACGUCAAUCAUGUGGCGCUACGCGGCCAUCACUGAUCGAAGAAUCAGGUCUUUCGGCUGGGACAUCCAAACCAUAGCCGCCGCCAACGCCUUGUUCUGGACGCCUCGAGGAUGGGAUGGGUCCGAACAGAUGGCGGCUUGCAGCCUCGAGUACUGUACUUAUCUCCCUGAAACUGCGAGGGUUGAGAUGCUGUCCUGGGAUAUGGCCAAGACGUUGAUCACCACGCUACAGGGAGUUCAAGCUAUCUAUGACCUAGGAGGCAAUCCCUCCCUGAAUGGACCUAUGAGAGUCGCGGUCAACACCAUCUUCAGCCCCCUUGCCAUCCUUGGUCUCUAUCGGCUCUCUGCAGCAUUGUGGUUAACAACCCAUUUCAAUUUCGCACCGCGAAGCCAGGUUCUGGCUCUAGGCUUCACGCGGAGGCUGUCCCUGGACAGUCUGCUCGAAGAACCCGAAAAGCCGCCCACUCCUGUACACUAUUACCGGGCUACAUCGUAUCUGCCCAGCAGAGUAUUUCGGUCGAUAUUUUCCCUUCCUAUGUUAAUCCUCUGGUUGCUGCUACUGUUCCAUACAUUUGGGUCCCCAAUAACAAGCACGCAAAGUUUCAGCUUCUUGAUUUGCAACAUUUUAUACCAUCUCAUCCUUGCGCCUUCUUUAGUAAUCAUUGGCUACUACUUCGCACGAGGAAUGACGACUACCACUAUCAUCCCUUGCAUUUCCGCCACCUGGUAUAAAAUCUAUUCCGUGACAGUGAUGGGUCUGAUGCUGGGUCUUAUUGCCGUCUCCAGCGUCGAGACGCGAAAGACACCAUGUGGCACUUGGACAGCCACUAGUGGAUUUAACGGAGAUUACUGGACAUGCAAAUCGAGGACUUCAGAAUUCAUUCGUGUGGAUCCAGGACUUGGAGGGAAUGCUUUCGGAAUUGCGUCAACUUACUCCAACACCACUGCAGGAUCCAUGCUAGAAGCGGGCCAGUUUUGGGUUGAUAAUUUUACGGGGUCGUGUAUUGGGACCUGGUCGAGCCAGAGGCGUGUGCGUGGUACGAUACUAGACACGGUUCAGGCCGAGGGCUUAGUGUGGCCUAGUCCGUGA